GUAGUUGAUAUUCAAGAUUUCGUCAGUAGUAUCCCGCCGCAGGCACGAGAGGAGGUGUGUUGCUCCCGCUGCUCCUCAAGAUGUCGACUAAGGCGCUAACAAUCACUAUGGCAGAUGGGAGGAAGAUGCCGGCUGUGGGACUCGGCACCUGGAUGGCCCGAGACGAGGAGAUGCGGGCGGCGCUGACCGUGGCCCUGGAGUGUGGCUAUCGCCAUGUUGACACAGCCUAUUACUACCAGAACGAGAAGGUGAUUGGCCAGGUGCUUCAUGAGUGGCUCUCCAGCGGCAAGGUCACCAGAGAGGAGCUCUUCAUCACCACUAAGCUUCCAGAAAUAGGGAACCGAGCGAGUGACGUCCCUAAGUUCCUGACGAAGUCACUGGAGCAGCUGCAGCUGACCUAUGUUGAUCUCUACCUCGUCCACUCACCCUACGGCUACCUGGGUGAGGACGACGACGAGGUGGAACCUGUGGACAAGAAAGGCAGCUGCGCCCUGGAUUACACAACAGACUUGGAGAGUGUCUGGCAGGCCAUGGAGGAGCAGGUGGAUGCUGGGAGGGCAAAAUCCAUCGGUCUCUCCAACUUCAACAGUGUCCAGACCAAGCGGAUCAUGAAGAUGUGUCGGGUGCGGCCAGCCAACAUGCAGGUGGAGGUACACGCCUACCACCAACAGAAGGAGCUGAGGGCGCUCUACUCCAGCUUCGGCGUCCCCGUCUGCGCCUACGCCCCCAUCGGCGCCCCCUUCAUGGUCCCAGGGUCCAGUGAUCAUCCAGCUCUCGUGAAUAACCCGGUGGUGACAGCCAUUGCCAGUCGUCUCAAGAGGACGCCUGGACAGGUUCUCAUCCGUUUCCUCAUACAACAGGGGUUGGCAGCCAUCCCUAAAUCAUCCAACCCAGAGCGCAUCCGUCAAAACAUUAAGGUGUUCGACUUCGAGCUCACCAGUGACGACAUGGCAGCCCUGGAAGCAUUGGAUCGAGGCAGAGACGGAAAAAUAUACGUCUAUGAGCCUGUGAAAAGCCAUCCUGAAUAUCCGUUCCAUAUCCCAUAUUAGAAAACAUACAACAACUGCAGGAGCUUCGUGACUGAAGAACCACCUUAGUACUACAUGUAACAUCAUCUGAGGACUAUAUGUAGCACCAUAUGAAACACUGUCCGAAGACUACCCGUAGCACCAUAUGAAAGACUAUCCGAAGACUGCCCGUAGCACCAUAUGAAAGACUAUCUGAAGACUACCUGUAGCGCCAUUUGAUGGAUCAUCUGCAUCAAUAGUUUUAUUCAACAUGCUCAAAAAUGUAUUAUAAAUAAUAAAAUUCAUUUUGAGUUCAUACGAAAAAAACAGCCCGUCCUUCAAAAAUGGGGAGGUAAAUAAAUAAUAAAUAAAUAAAUUUUUAUUCAGGUAAGGUACAAGGUGUGAUACAAAGUUGAUGGAUUUAUAGAUAGAGCUAGUACAUACAAUGCCUAAAACCACUAUUACGCAAAGCAUUUCGGACAGGAAAACAUUAAAGACUAAAACUUAAUACUAAUUGAGUUUAAAGUAUAAAAUGUGUUGAGAACAAAUACAAAUAAAAAUAAGAAAGGGGGAACAUGGCUGUAACAGCCAUGUUCAUGUAAAUGUAAUAGCCCCAUAAGUGCAAUUAGGUACUAUGCACGACAGUCAGGAAUUGUACUUAUUUACACUUAUAUUAAAUCGUACUGUCAAAUAUAUUGUGAAUAUUUGAGUUUACCUGAAAAUCUGAAUAGAAAAC